AGCUCCCCCACUUCCCAUUUCAGCAGAAGUCUUUAGUAGAGGGAGGAGUGAGUCCAGAGAGAGAGAGCUACACAAUAGAGAAGUACCGACACUGGAGGAGUCUACGAGAGAGAGAGAGAGAGAGAGAGAGCGAGAGAGAGCUAAACUAGAGUGCUGUUGCAGAAGGGGCAAAUGCCCUGAAAUUCUUAGGGCUUCCAGCUCCUCGUGCCUCAAAGACUCUAUUCCCUCUCUCUCACAAUCUAGGGCAAUCCAAAAGUGACGUCUCCUGAGCUAUGUCUGAAGAAGAUGAUGAUUUCCAAAACCCUAGCCAGGCUUUUACCCUCACCCAAAAGCUCAUCCUCAGUUCCUGCAAAAACUCAUCAAAUAGUUAUGCUAAGAGACCUGCAAAAAAGGCCAAGAGUGAAACCAUAGGCAACAAGGAGAACGUUGAAUCUGGGAAGAAGAAACGCAAUAUUGCGGCUCCUAAAGUAGAAGUCACCCCUCUCCACGAUCGUAAUUCUAGGGCCUUCAUGGGGAAUUUGGAUUCUAAGGAAGAAAGGAAUGAUUUGAAGAGUGCUUCCGAGAGGGUGGUUUCAGUGAACUCGAAUUGCAAUAAAGGAUAUGAAGAUUAUGGCUAUGGAAUGGGGAAAAUACGUGUGUCUAUGUCUAUUGAGUCAAGGUUAUUAGGUUUGGGGGACAGUAAGAAAGUCAGUUCGGAUUAUGGGUUUGAAUUCAGAUCAGUAAAUGGUUUCAAGUGUGUAGGAGAUGGUCGGGCUAGGGACUUCGAGCAUAGUUCUCAGUUGGAUGCUUUGAUGAAUUUGUGUGCUGAUUCAAAUACAGUUGGAAAUGGUUGUUCUUCUGGAUUAGCUGAAAAAGAAGUUAAUUUGGGUGUCGAAGGUAAGGAUACUGAGGUCUUAGUGAGACAAAUGGGCCUGCUUGGAAAUGGUGGUUGCCCUAGAUUAAAUGAAAAAGAAGUUAAUUUGGGUGGUGAAGGGGAGAUAAAUGAAUUUUUAGGGAGAGGAAGGAGCUUGCUUCAAAAUGAUGGUUCCUCUGGAUUGGCUGAGAAAGAAGUUAACUUGGGUGAUGAAGGAGAAAUUAGUGAUGUUUUACUGAGAGAUACAAGCGUGCUUGAAAAUGGUGGUUGUUCUGGAUUAUCGGAGAAAGAAAAUAAGCUGGGCGAUGAAGGAGAAAAUACCAAGAUCUUAGAGAGAGAAAGGGCCGCGGAGAGACUUGGUGAGGGAAUUGAAACAGGUGGAGUUGGGUUUCAUCAGUUUGCCCAAGUUGUGGAGUGUCCUUUAUGUGGGAUUGAUAUCACAUACUUGAGUGAGGAAGAUAGGUUAGUCCAUAGUAAUGGUUGUCUCGACAAAGAUGAGAUUCCCAAGGCAAACCAUCUUAAAGAUGAAAUGAGGGUGGAUCGUCUUCAUGGUGUUGCUGAUGUCACUCCUGUGCUAAACUGGCUUCGAACCUUGAAUCUGUCUAGAUAUGAAGAGGCUUUCAUUAAGGAAGAGAUUGAUUGGGAUACUCUACAAUGGCUAAAGGAAGAGGAUCUAAUUAAUUUGGGUAUUAAUGCUCUGGGUCCUAGAAGAAAGAUUUUGCAUGCUCUUAAUGAGUUGCGGAAGCAAAAUAUGCAACCGAGUGAGGUACAAACAGACCAUUCAUCUAUUGCUAUCAAUGAUAAUGGUAAGCUUGUUGUACCUGGGAAUAAAUUGAUAACUGAGUUUUUCCAAGGUUCCUCUACUGCUGCUGGAUUCCAAGGUUCUCGGGCAUCUGGAUCUCGGCCAAGGCAAGAAACAGCUUUGGGAAGUAAAGGCUCUAGGAUAAGAAAUCCAGUCAGUGCUACCAAUGUCAGAGACAUUCCUCCAUGGUCUUGCAUACCUGGAACACCGUUUCGUGUGGAUGCGUUUCGAUAUCUAAGAGGGGAUUGCUCCCAUUGGUUUCUCACUCACUUUCACCUAGAUCAUUAUCAAGGACUUACGAGGGGAUUCCGUCAUGGUAAAAUUUAUUGCUCUGAGGUCACAGCACGUCUCAUAAAUAUGAAGAUAGGGAUCACUUUGGACAAGAUACAAGUUCUACCUCUGAACUGUAAAAUAAAUAUUGCUGGUGUAAAUGUCACUUGCUUUGAUGCAAAUCAUUGCCCGGGCUCUAUAAUGAUUCUUUUUGAACCAUCCAAUGGCAGGGCUGUUUUACAUACGGGUGAUUUUCGGUUCUGCACAGAGAUGGGUACCAAUUCUAUCCUGAGGUCUUGUAGCAUCCACACCCUCAUCCUUGAUACCACAUAUUGUGAUGCACAGUAUGAUUUUCCAAAGCAAGAGGCAGUUGUUCAAUUUGUUAUUGAGGCCAUUCAGGCAGAAGCUUUCAAUCCCAAGACUCUCUUUUUGAUAGGCUCCUACACAAUUGGGAAAGAGAAAUUAUUCCUUGAGGUUGCACGUUUUCUGCGUAAGAAGGUUUAUGUAGGUGUUGCUAAGCUUCGUUUGCUUCAGUGCUUGGGACUUGCAAAGGAAGAUAUGCAAUGGUUUACAUCAAAUGAGCAUGAAAGCCACAUUCAUGUAGUGCCGAUGUGGACCAUUGCGAGUUUUAAGAGGAUGAAAUAUCUGUCAAACCAAUAUUCGGGACGUUACAAUCUCAUAGUUGCAUUUUCUCCUACUGGAUGGACAUUUGGAAAGGGAAAGAAGAAGUCCAAUGGAAGAAGGUGGCAGCAGGGUACCAUCAUUAGGUAUGAAGUCCCGUACAGUGAACAUUGCAGUUUUACAGAGUUAAGAGAGUUUGUGAGCUUGGUUUCUCCUGUAAACAUCAUCCCAAGUGUAAAUAAUAGUGACCCUCAAGCUGCUGAUGUCAUGGUUUCUCUCCUUUCGACCUCUAAUCAAUUGUAACCUUCCAUAAACUAGUUUAAAUCCCAUGUUGUUGCAAUUAAUAGGUGGUUUUAUAAUUUCCCAUGAUUAAUCAUUGUUGUAAAUUUUUCUUCUCUAUCUUGUCAUAACUCUCUCUCUCUGUCUCUCUCACGAAGUUCUCAACUCUCAACCAUUAUAGUGGACUGAUCACAAUGUUUUUAGA